AUGACUAAUACUUCUACACCCAUUAACUCCUAUUUGGAUAAUGUCUCCACUCCAACUAAUUACCAAGAACCAACUUAUAAAUUCUUAGUUGAUGAAUUAUUCAUUAAAUUAGAAGGAGCUAACUUCAAACAGAAUUUAGGACUGUUUCUGAAUAUGACCGAAAAGAAAAUCCAUAUCAUAACUCAAUUCAUCACUAAUUUCAAACUUCAUAUCGGUCAUGAUUUCUUCCCUAUUUCAAAAUUAAUCUUUCCCGAUAAAUCAGGUCGAUUAUAUUUCAUUAAGGAUAUAACAUUAGCCAGAUUGAUUAUUAAAAUGUAUAAUAUCCCUAAGGAAUCCGAAGAUUAUCAAGUUUUAUUCCAUUGGAAACACGCGUUCCAUACCACAAAGAGAUUCACUACUGAUGUUAAUAAUUUACGUGAUUUACCCUUGAGAAUUUCAAGAAUUAUAGCUAAUCGUAGACAACUAGAAUUCAAUCUGGAUGAUGAUAAGUUCUCCAUUAGUGAUAUUAAUGAUAAAUUAGAUUUAUUAAAUGUAGCAAAGAAAUCUCAUGAACAAAUCGAAAUCAUGAAACCUUUAUUGGAUAAACUUUCCAUCCCGGAAGUGAGAUGGUUCCUUCAUAUUUUAUUAAAGAAAUCAAUUUUGACUCGAUUUGAACAUGUACUAUUCGAAAGUUGGCAUCCUCAAGCCUGGGAAUUAUUCCGGAUUUGUAAUAAUCUUCAAAAAACGUUCAAUUACCUUACUGAUGAGAAUAUCGUCUUGACUCCUCCUCAAUUGAAUGUUCAACCAAUGUAUAAAUUCCGACCUCAAUUAUCAUUCAAAUUACUUCAGGAUUAUUCAAAAUUAAUCAAUGAUAUGUCGAUGAAUAUCCCCAUGGAUGAUAAAUUCCAAUCAUUAUUUGAUAAGUUGGAACUUAAAAAAGGGGAGUUUUAUAUGGAAGAGAAAAUGGAUGGUGAUAGAAUGGUGUUACAUAAACAAGGUAAAUAUUUUAAAUUUUAUUCGAGAAGAUUAAAAGAUUAUUCCUUUCUUUAUGGUGAGAAUUUUGAAUUUGGAUCAUUAACGAAAUAUUUAAAUCAAGCAUUCCCCUCUAAGAUUGAUUCUAUAAUUUUAGAUGGUGAAAUGGUAGCAUGGGAUUUUAAACGAAAUGCAAUCUUACCCUUUGGAACGCUUAAAUCUUCUGCUAUUCAAGAAUCAGUAAGACAAUACACUACUAUUGAUCAAUAUGAACAACAAUCAAGUUAUCCAUUCUUUUUAAUAUUCGACGUGUUACAUAUUAAUGGGAUGAAUCUAACGAAUCAUCCAUUAUUCUUUCGGAAAAAUAUCUUAACGCAAAUCAUAAACCCUGUCCCCCAUAGAUUUGAAGUUUUACCAUUCAAAAUAGGGUAUACUCCCGAAGAGAUACAAAAUUCAAUUAAACAAGUUAUAAGUGUUCGAAGUGAAGGGAUCAUGAUUAAACAUGUUCAGUCGAAAUAUUUCCCUGGAGAGAGGAAUCCUCAUUGGAUUAAAAUCAAGCCGGAAUAUUUGGAAAAGUUUGGAGAGAAUUUAGAUUUGACUAUUAUAGGAAGAAUCCCGGGUAUAAAAGAUGCAUUUAUGUGUGGAUUGAAGAAUACAUCCGAUCAAUCAUUUUAUUCCUUUUGUACGGUUGGGAAUGGAUUCACUAAUGAAGAAUAUGAUAAGAUUGAAAGAAUCACCCAUGGGAAAUGGAUCAAAUUUUCAAAAACAUCACAACCACCUCCUAAUAUAAUUAAAUUCGGAUCCAAAAAACCGAUUGAAUGGAUUCACCCUCGGGAUUCUCUCGUUCUUGAAAUCAAAGCCAGAUCAAUUGAUAAUACGAGUGAAUAUACUUAUGCGGCGGGAUCAACCUUGCAUAAUUUAUAUUGUCGAAGUAUAAGAGAUGAUAAAUCGAUUCAUGAUUGUUGUACCCUUGAAGAAUAUCAAAAGAUUAAAGCAUAUUAUGGGAAAGAUAUUGAGAAAUCUCAAUUUGCUAAUAAAAAGCGUCGAAAACAACUUCAACAAGAUUCAUUUAAUGGAGUUGAAACCAAACGAAUUAAAGUUGAAUCAGAUUUAUUCAAAUCAUUCCAAUUCAUAAUCGUAAGUGAUAAACUAAACCCCAAUGGAGAUCGUAUAACUCGUGAUGAAUUAAUCAUCCUCGUUAAGAAAUAUGGUGGAACUAUCCUUACAUCAAUUGAUAAUCCUACUUAUCCCAGAUUACCCAUAAUAAUCAUCACCGAGAAGGAUUUACCUUCAUGUCAAGUAUAUUUUGAAAAAGGGUAUGAUUUAACCAGACCCAAUUGGUUAUUUGAAUGCAUCAAUCAUCAACAAAUCAUCCCUCUUGAACCGAUGUUUAUCUUUAAAUCGAAGAAUUUGGCCAAGUUCAUGUCUAAGCAAGAUCAAUUCGGUGAUAGUUUUAUCAUUCAUAAGGAGAUUGAUUUGAGUUCAAAGUUAUUUGGAUUAUUGAGUGAUCAAGAGUUGAGAAUGGCGAAAUUAGACUUUAAAUUGGAUUUAACAGAGUUGGGAAUCGAGAUUCCGAAAUGUUUCUUAUUUAAUGAUAUUAAAUGUUGUGUUGUAGGUAAUGGCAAAGGGGUUGAGAAAUUACGCAACAGAAUCGAGAAAUAUGGAGGUGAGAUAAGUGAAGAUUAUUUACAAAGUUCAUUCAUCAUAGCUUAUCAAGAUGAAGAUGAUGGCUCCGAUGACAGGAUUAAAUCUACGAUUAAUGAUAUUUCAAAAUCGAUAAGUGAGAAUGUUAAAUUUGAUGAAGGUUCAAAAAUAUCAAAGAUUCCAAAUAUCGUAACGAAGAAAUUCAUUGAAGUAUGUAUUGAACGAAACGUCAUUGUUGACGCUGAUGAUUAUAAAUAUAUAUAA